AUGGAAGUGUUAUCAUUUUUGUUGCCCGUUUGGGAAGAGCUACAAAGAAGCAAACUCUUCCUCCUUUUGCUUCUCUUCCUUUCUCUUCGCUUCGCAUUUUUUCUCGCUAGCCCGCAAACCAAACUCAAAUUACCUCCAUCCCCACCAAAGCUACCCAUUAUUGGAAACCUUCACCAGCUAGGCAACCUUCCUCACCGAUCCUUCCGAGCACUCUCUCAGAAAUAUGGUCCUCUAAUGCUCUUAAACUUGGGCUACACUCCAACUCUUGUGGUUUCUUCUGCAGAUAUGGUUAAAGAAAUAACCAAGAUCCAUGAUAUCGUUUUCUCCAAUCGGCCCAAAUCCAUGGCUAGUGAUAUUUUCUUUUAUGGAUGUUUCGAUAUUGCUUUUGCACCCUAUGGUGAGCACUGGAGGCAAGGUAGGAAAAUAUUUGCUCUCGAACUUUUGAGCUUGAGAAGAGUGCAAUCUUUUGGAUUUAUCAGGGAAGAAGAAACUGCAGGAUUAGUUCGCAAGUUACGCAAUGCGAGCUCAAGUGGGUUUACAGUGAACUUAAGCCAGAUGCUGAUUGCAACUUCACAUAACGUAAUUUCGAGAUGUAUUCUUGGGCAGAAAUUCCAAGAAGAUGAAACUAGAAGUGAGUUUGGAGAGCUCUUCAAAAGGGUUACGAUCCAGUUUACAUCUUUCAAAUUUGGAGAUUACUUCCCUUAUUUGAGGUGGAUGGAUGUAGUUACUGGCGUUGUUUCAAGCCUCGAGGCAACUUUCAGAGAAUUAGACCCUUUUCUUGAAAAGGUUAUUGAAGAUCAUAAGGCUGCUUUGAGUGAUAAGGAUGAACGAUCCUCUGAUCGCAAGGACAUAGUGGAUAUUCUCCUUCAGCUUCAAAAAGACGGCGUUCCUAACAUGGAACUUACUAAUGCCAACAUCAAAGCUAUUUUGUUGGACCUGUUUGUAGGAGGAAGUGAUACUGUCUCAGUAACAAUGGAAUGGGCAGUGGCAGAGCUUGUGAGAAAUGAAAGUAUAAUGAAGAAAGCGCAAGAAGAGGUAAGAAGGGUGGUAGGGAAAAAAGCAAGCAUAAAUGUGAAUGAUAUUAAUCAAAUGGAUUAUUUAAAAUGUGUGAUCAAAGAAACUCUAAGGCUACAUCCAGCCGGUGCGCUGACUUUUAGAGAAACAUCAGAAAGUGUGAAAUUAGGAGGCUAUGAUAUUCCUCCUAAAACCAAAGUUGUUUUCAAUACAUGGGCAAUCCAAAGGGAUCCUAAUUUUUGGGAUAGACCAGAAGAGUUUAUCCCUGAGAGAUUUGAGAACAACCAAGUUGAUUUCAAAGGCCAAGAUUUUCAAUUCGUUCCAUUUGGUGUUGGAAGAAGAGGAUGUCCUGGUUUGACAUUUGCGGGGUUCCUGGUUGAGUAUGUGAUAGCCAACCUUUUAUAUUGGUUUGACUGGAAGCUACCUGAUGAGAAUAACGAAACGCCCAAGAACUUGGACAUGAAUGAAACUGGAGGGCUCGCUACGUAUAUGAAAAACCCUCUUGUUGUAGUACCACUAUCGGUUACCUGA